CUUCUCUUGGAAAAUUCUGUUAUACCAAACAACUAUGAAUCUAAAACGGAACCACCACCACCAUCACUUAUUCAAGUGUAACUUGGUUGCAGUUGCAUUGCAAUGGCGAGAGUGGUUUUCCUUCACAUGCUGCGGUCGCAGAACAAGUCUCCCUUUUCCACUACAACAGCUAUUCCUUCAGUUCAUCAUUGUUUUAGGUCCUCAACAUAUGAACGAUCAGUUAGUACGAAUCCAAUAUUUAAAACUCCAAUUUAUUCUAAUCCAAGAUUCGAAGUUGUUUUCCAAAUAAGAUGUGCAUCUCAAGCCAGAACUAGAGACAAGGACUUCAAGUUUAACUUUGGACCUGCUGGUGGGGGACAAUAUUGGGAAGAUGAUAAGGAAACUCAAGUUAUUUAUUCUGAUCCAAUCUCAAUCGUAUUAAAAAUAGUGAGAGUCAUGAAUCUCUGGACUUGUUGCGGCUUGGUAAUUUCAUAUUCAAUCUUAAACUUGUUGACAUUCCCUGAUUUCAUACUGCCGGGGGGUGUAAAUGGGUCUGCAAUAUUGAUUGGUUUUCUUUUUAAUGCUGGCUUUCGUUGGCUAGAUCGCCACCGCAUCCAUAAAAUCCGGUGGCAGCCUGGUUCGGACAGCUUUGAGGUGGAGAUGUUGGCCCCGCGGGUAAAAUCCAUUAGAAAGACUUAUAAUUUUUAUGAUAUUGAUGUCUAUCGACCGUCGGGAACAUGCAUUCCAGAGUUGGUGCUUUUUGAGGUUGAUGGGUGUGACUAUUUUUUUCUCACUAAACACUGUCACAAUAAGGCAUUCCUGGCCAGUCUCUAUUCGGAUUUCUAGAACUGUUGGGAUGAAUCUGAGUAAACUGCAGCCCUGGCAAAUUUCAGUGUGGUUGGAACUUUAUUCUCUUGAGAUUUACUGUGUUUUGUUUUUGGUGCAUAAACUGUUUAGGAUUUGAUUAAUAAAGUCCUCAGUGUGUAUUUUGCAACAUCAUGUUUGAGGAGUGUUUAAUUAUACA